ACCGUGGGUGGAGGCGUUGGAUCUUGCAAUUUCACGGGGGGAGGAGGAGCGAUCCCUUUAUCCAACCCAAACAGAAAAUCCAGAUUGGUCUCGGAGGCCGCCACCUGAGGUGAAGAACCUUCCAGAGGCUGGAUCUGUAGAGAAUUUAGUGCGUCCACGAACCACUACCGCUCCGAUUUGGUCUCGUCGGAACCGAAACUGGUGGAUGCAGGAGGGGUCAGCGGGAAUAGAAACAACCUGAGUCUGGAUCUGUUGUUUGUGCAGUUGCUGGCUGUGGUGAGUUAUUACCCCGAAACUGGUGGAUGCAGGAGGGGUCAGCGGGAAUAGAAACAACCUGAGUCUGGAUCUGUUGUUUGUGCAGUUGCUGGCUGUGUGCAGUGUGGAGUAUAAUACAUGGAUAAAAGGAAAAAAACAAUACAAUACAACCAGGAGGUCAAAAUAAAUAGUCGAUGCUCCAGCAAAAAACUUAGACAUCUACUUGAUGAGCUAAGUGAUGAAAAGAAGAGUAUAAUUCAACAAAUUGGCUUUGGUGGAUUACUUCAGCUCUCUUCCACAGAGAUAAGGCAUAGCUUAUGUAGAUGGAUAAUAACUCAUUUCAAUAUAGCCCACUGUAGGUUAGACAUAGGACAAGAAAGGCAAUUUCCAAUAACUUGUUCUGAUGUAGGCGAAAUUCUGGGUAUUCCAUAUAUUGGUAGGAGGCUCCUACUUUCACCUACCAAUAGGAAUAAUAGGAUGGAAAACCUAUCAGAUCUUAGAGAUAGGCUGAUUUUAAUGGAAGACAUGGCCGAGUUCAAAAAAUUGUUUAUCUUCUUCUCAUGUGCUACAUUACUUGCUCCAACAUCAAAGUUGGAUGGUAGUCAUGAGUUGUGGUGUACUUUGCUUGCUGGAGACUUUGACAUCAAUGUUAAUUGGGGUCAAUUCGUACUUGACACACUGGUUGCUGGAAUUAGACAUUUUCGAUUGGGUAAAGGCUCAUGGUUUACAGGUUGCCUUAUUUUUUUACAGCUUUUUUAUGUAAAUAAAUUUUACAUUCCAACCAUGUUGGUACCACGUACCAUCCCAAUAUGUGCAGCGUGGACUGAUGACUUGAUGAAGAAAAGGGUGCAUGCGGAAUUGCAUGAUUAUGGUGAUUUUGGACUAGCUGAUGUUGAAGAAGAUGAAAGGGAGGAAGAUGCACAUGAAGACCCUGGUAAUCCAGUAAAUGAAGUUGAAGAAGAGACUACUGAUGAAAUUAUAGCAGAAUAUAAUGCAGCAGAGAGGCAAAUUCACCAAUUGCUUCGAACAAUGAGAGGAGCAAUUGGUAAACUAGCAAAGCGGCAGAAUACAAAUAAAACCCCAUCAUCUUCUCAUCAAAACAGAAGUCAUAAUGAACCUGAUAUCAAUGAUUCUUUCCCAUCACCACCACAUGCUUAUGGAUCGCCACUAAAUGAUCGUUUUGCUGAUGGUGAAGAUAAUGUAGGCCCAUCAACCUCACAGCCAGCGGCGCAGCAUAACAUUGAGGAUGAAGUUCAGAUAAAUGCUAUUAUUCCUUACGAGACUGGACAUCCUCCAAUACGUUCAUAUCGGCUACGUCGACAUGCUACUGCCCUAUAAUCACCAUACGUGGUACAACCGUCAAUCAAAUUUUCAGCGUCUUCAUCUGUAGCAAAGCAAGUUUUGGCAUAUGCAUUGGACGAUACACGUGAUGAAAGCCAAAUAUUAUGUUCCAUGCACAAUUUCUUCUUGACAAGGUUUGACUUGAAAUGCUUGGGACCCGACAAAUUGGUUGACAAUAAGGUUGUAACCAUGCAUUGUCGAAUUUUGAAUGGUAUGGAUAAAGAAAAUAGGAAGCAUUUCUUAUCUCCAAACUUUGUGUUGUUCAUACCAAUAUGCAGGAAAAAUCAUUGGUAUUUAAUCAUUUUGAACAUUCAUGCAAAAAGAAUCGAGUUGUUGGAUUCAUUAAUUGACGGAAGGAAAAAACGGAUGGAUGCCUUCAUAGAGAAACUGGUGAACGUUUUGUCAACUGUCAUUGGGAUUCAAGAAAGAAGACCAGCAGUGAACAUGACAGAAUUUGAGUUUGUUGUUCCAGAAGUUGUCCAACAAUUGAAUCCAACGGAUUGCGGCGUAUUUGUAAUCAAGUUUAUGCAAUUAUGGAGUAACCGUGGAAUUUCUCGUGCAAUUGCAAAUGACAAGGUCAUAAAGUACAGGGAAAAACUCCUAACACAACUGAUAAUGUCUCCAGAAAAUGAAGUCAGGGAAAAUGUCUACCAGGCUAUGGAUCAGUGAUGUUGUAAUUUUUUUGGUUUAUGGUUUGGAACUCAUAGCUGCUACUAUUUAUUAAUAAUUAUUGUUAUGGCAUCA